UGGACAACUAUUCGGGGCUCGCCAGGAAGCACCAACUAGCAACCAGCCGCGCUGACGACGGCGCUACGCCCGCUACCGAUUCGCGAAUUUUCAAUGUGGUUGACUACUGACUACACGACAGGAUCCGAACGUGGGAGGGGGGAAUUACGUUGUGGAGGUUAUUUAUUUGUUUGCCUGUGAUUGUGUGAACUUUCUUUUCCUCUUUCGAAGCUAGCGGCGAGGGGUUUCGGUGAUAACGCCAAGCAGUAUGUAAGGUGCGAUAGCUGCUAGUUGGAGUAAGUCGUUGGUGGAGCAGCAGACGGGGCUUCUAGGGCGUGGGAAUGGAACAGACUCUGGUUGCUAGAAUGCUCCAGUAACUCAUAUGAGCAAGAAGUUGGAAGAUUGGACGGAGAGAAGAUCAAUUCAAGAGCUUAGAAUAACUUGUACAAGCUCUUCUGGUGUUGCAGCGCUAAGAAGGGCUAGGUUGCAGUUCAUUAAGAUGGGUUAUCUUGGGUUCAGAGUAGUUCUUGCAUUGCUGGCCCUAAAUGCGCAAGGAACGUGGGGGCAAGUUCUUGAUAUGAUAAGCAUCGACUGUGGUGCUGCCCGAAAGUACACUGACCCGAUGACAACAAUUUCAUGGACCCCUGACGAUAAGUACAUUUCCGCAGGGCAGACCGUUGCGGCUGUUCCAGUAACUGAUGGAUCAUACAGUGAAUUGGGUAGUCUACGAUAUUUCCCGGAGAAACGGGAAAAGUUUUGUUACGUUGUACCCAUCAAGCCAAAUUCUACGUACAUCAUCCGAUCCUCCUAUUGGUACGGUAACUAUGAUCAGACGAACACUCCACCAAAGUUCAACAUCGCUAUAGACUCAACAGCCCUGGGUUUCGUAGACAUGAGCCAAUUUGGUGAUCAGGCUCAACAAGCUGAAGUAAUCUAUCGAACGAAAGUGACUGCUACGGCUAUUUCAUAUUGUUUGUUUAAAGAUUCCACAUCUAAGGGCACACCCUUCAUAUCUUCUUUGGUAUUCAGUCAAGUGCCAGAUGGAUCAUAUGCAUAUCCGCGCACACUUGAAGGGAAUUUUAUGAUUCUUUGGCAACGACGCAAUUACGGUGGUUCUGUUUGGAUAAGGUAUCCAGAUGAUGUACUCGAUCGUCUGUGGGCACCUUGGGUCGAAUCUUCGCCAUUAACAACAAUAUCCACACUGACCCCGGUAACUGAUUCUGGUUACUUUCUAAAACCUGUAUCUAAAGUGAUGCAAACUGCCGUUACUUCUCCUACACUCUCUCCGGUUAUAUUACCAGUUAAUUCCGGCGCGAACGACGCCAGUGCCAUGGAAGCUACUCUAUUUUUUUACUUUGCUGAGUUGGACGCUUCAGCCAACGCAACUUCAAGGUCCUUCCUCCUUGAUUUUCAGUCAGCAACUCCCACACCUAUAAACCCUUACAACGACUCGCAGGGGGCCUUCCGCUCGUCGGUGUGGGGAUAUUCGAAAUUUUCAAUAACGUCUAAUUCAGUUGUUACCAUGACUCCAGCACCCGGGUCAAUCAAUCCUCCACUGAUGAAUGCUCUCGAAAUCUACCUUAAUCGUCCAGACGCAGUCGCUGGGACCAAUGAGCUAGACGUUGCUGCACUGGAGAAAAUCAAAGUGGCUCUUAAUUUGACUGGCUGGGGAGGAGAUCCAUGCCUUCCCGUCCCACUCCCCUGGGUAUUAUGCAGCCCCGUUACGGCCACAGAAGCUGCCAGAGUAAUUUCAGUGAGAUUGUCAAGAUACAACCUCACUGGCAUCAUACCUGUGGAAUUUGCAGAGUUAACUGCCCUUCAAACCUUAUGGUUGGAUAACAACAAGCUAGUUGGCAACAUUCCCAAUCUUCAGAAAUUGCAACAUCUGAAGUCAUUGCACCUGAACGACAAUGGUUUGAGUGGCUCCAUUCCUGAUUCCUUAAGCUUCAUUCCAACACUGGAAGAGUUAUUUCUUCAGAAUAACAACUUGACCGGGACAGUCCCUGACGCCUUGAAGAACAAGUCUGGGCUGAACUUGAACAUAAACGGAAACCCUGUAUGUGGGCCUACUUGCUCGAAUCCUGGUCCAGGAUCUAAGUCGAAUGUGGGUCUCAUUGCUGGAGUUGUUGGAGGAGUGGUUGGGGUUCUCGUUGUAGGGGGUAUCUUGCUCUUUCGUUUCUGCAGGAAGCGUCAAACUACCAAGGGCAUGGAACAAGAGUUGCCCAAAUCAAACUCUGAUCCAUAUAAAUCUGGAGGCAAGGGCAAGGGCAAGGGCAAGGGCGGUGUUUCGAACUUCGCCGUUCCGGAUUUGAGUGGAACAAACGGGCAAGGGGCGAAGCCAUUUUCGCACGCAGAGAUAAAAGCAGCCACGUCGAAUUUCAGUAAACAGAUUGGAGCGGGAGGAUUCGGUCCAGUGUACUACGGCAAGCUUGCCAAUGGAAGAGAAGUUGCUGUCAAGGUCUCUGACAUGAAUUCUCGUCAAGGGGCAGCUGAAUUCAAUAAUGAGGUGCAACUCUUAUCCAGGGUACACCACAGAAACCUUGUUUCACUGCUUGGAUAUUGUCAAGAAGACGGAAAACAGAUGCUGGUGUAUGAGUAUUUGCACAAGGGCACCGUCCGUGAGCAUCUCUGGGGGUCUCCGCUGGCUACGAAGGAGCCAUUGGAUUGGAAACAACGCUUGGACGUUUCUCUGAAUGCUGCUCAAGGUCUGGAAUACCUACACACGGGGUGCAGCCCUAUCAUUAUCCAUCGCGACAUCAAGAGUAGCAAUAUUCUACUCACUGACAAAUACGUUGCGAAAGUGGCAGACUUCGGUCUUUCAAGGGUAGGACCGGAAGAAUCAUCUGGAGCCACCCACGUCUCGACUGUGGUGAAAGGGACCGCCGGCUACUUGGAUCCAGAGUUCUGGUCCACAAACCAUCUGUCAGAGAGGAGUGACGUGUUCAGCUUUGGAGUUGUGCUGCUGGAGGUCCUCUGCGGUCGUCAGCCAAUCAACAACGGUCUACCAGACAAGAGCCAGUCGAACAUCGUCGAAUGGGUGAGAAAUUCGCUGCUAGCUGGCGACAUCGAAAGCAUCCUAGACCCCGCCGUGAGAGAUUGCCACCCCAACAUGGACAGUGUGUGGAAAGUGGCGGAACUGGCCAUCCAGUGCGUGGAGCCCCGAGGCAUCCACCGACCGUGGAUGAGGGACGUGGUGAAGGAGCUUCGUGAAGCCAUCGUAUUGGAGGACGGCGAUUCAGGAGCUUUCUCGGAGAUGGACCGGUCCAACAACACUGGGACGAGCAUUAUUCCGGCGGCGUUUAAACGUGGAAACUCGGACGAUCAUUACUCCGUCAUGGACUCUUCCUCGAACUUGGAACGGAUCAACGUGGGUCAUCAGGUCCGGUAGCAGUUACGAUAGGUAGCCCAGAUGCUUCACUUACUCUGCGUGUGAAAAAGUGUCCUCUGAUGUUUUUUUGGAUUCCUUCUUUAGAUAGGUCCUUGCAUGUGAGGGACCCAGGUUCUCUUGCUUUUGUGGCGAUGAUCACUAUUUCGGUUAGCAAUACCUCAGACUUCCUAGUCGACACCCUGGAAACUUUAAGAAUCGCUUUAGACCUGAACUCGGGGACCUUAUUAAUUAACCCCUAUAAUAUUUUAUUUACAAAGAGAGAAGCAUCGUCUUGUUUCUUAGGAUUCCAAAUAACUCAAGCGUCCGAUACGCCGAUAACCAUCUACAACCAGGGAGAAUUUAUGAAUAGCAAGGGUUGCCCGUCGCCGUAGAGGGCGGACGAUUUGUCCACCUCUAGACCCACUAGCACCUGCGACAAAUAAUCAACUUUAAUCAAGGGAUAAUGGCUGCUAAGGCAUCGGAACACUUUCAGUACGGACAGAGGGUCACUGUAGCAGAUUCGUGACUAUGUAUUGUAUCAACUCCAUGUUUUUGAGAGGUGAUCUGUUUUAAUGUAUUGUAUCAGUACGCUAUCAAUUUUGAUGUCAA